ACUUGAAUGAGAGGCUAUAUUAUUUCCAAAAUGGCUGCAUGUACUGUUGUUGUCCGCGAGACAAUCUUACUUUAAUUAUGACCAGGUCAGCUUUUCAGCUUGUCUUUGGUUUGAUUCUGGCACUUAUUGUGUUGACUGCAUGGAGUUUAGUUAUAUAUGCAGGAUAUUAUGUGACUGUUGAGAAGCUGAAAGAAAUCUAAGUCUAAGUACACAGGAACACAACAUGUCAACCCAGGCAACAAGAGAUAUGAUUUGUAACUGUGUCAAUAAUCUUUUGACAGAUCUUGCUUCAGUUGGUGCCCAACUGAAACGAGAGACAGGUGGGUCUCCUCAGUCUGAAGUUGCCUUGCAGUUUUUUCAUCAUUGUGUGGAUGCUCAACCGUACUUGUAUAUCAGCACAGAAACAAUACAGUGUGGUUUGGAGAAGAUGCACUCAGAAGAUGGAAUAGAAGAAAUACUUUGUGAUGUAGCAACAGAUUUUACAAGGUGGCUAAUAUCAAGACUUCUUAGAAUCUUGUCAUCAAAGCAGUGCACCCCACUACAUGAAAAGUCUAUUGAUGUCAUACACGCAAUUUUUCAACUUUACAUGGGAAGAGACAUUGUACUGUAUAGACGUCUGGUUUCUGAGCUGAUCAGUUUGACUGUUGAUUUGACUGUCCUGAUGGAGAAUGUUUUUCUAAAUGGAAACAGUGAACUACAGGGCAACACUUUUGGUCUAGAGAGAUUCCAGAAAGUUCAAAGUUUAGCGGAAAACCAGGAGUCGGACGAACACAACGAGGAUACAAUGUAUGCCAAGCUGAUCGAAAUUGAAACCAUUUCUGAAUGUGAUUUGCUCCUAUCUUGUUGCUUUACUAUUCUUGAGAAAUCUGUGCAUGGACUUUGUCUUUAUUGUGGAUCAUUGUUAGAGAAUCUUUGGAAUGUUAUAACUUUUCGUUUACGACUUGAACUGGAUAGACUUCCAAAGACGGCAGUUUCACUUACUCGGGUGCUUUUGAAAACAUGCGGAAUACUAAUGCCAUUUGCAUUGGAUAAUAUUCAAUCUGCGAUGCUGUGCUGCUUAGGAAAUCUUGUAGAUCAAUCGAAUAUUGAUGAAAGGGAAGGAGACGAACAAAAACUGUUCGAGAAAGAACUCAGAAUCACAUUUGACUGCAUUUUUAAUAAGCGAAGUAAUUCCUCGACAUAUUCAUUGCCGGAGUCAAAAGCGUUUGUUUGGAAGAUUGGGAGUUGGAUUGCGGACAAACCCAUGAAAAGCCACUUACAGGAUCUCAUUUGUUUCGUUGGAAGAAAAAUUAUAGCAACAUUGUGUAAUAAAGAUUCGACAGGAGUCUCUAGUAAUGUUUUGAAAGAUUUGGCGAGGUCUCUAAUCGAAAAGCUUGGGACCAGCGAUAGUCCAGAGGUAUUUGCAUCAUUCAUAACUGAAAUAGCAAAGGUAUUGGAAGCUAAUGUCAACAAGUUACCUCUAAAAAGAACGGCCGCUGUCAUGGAGUCCAGUGAUCGUCUUCAUUUGAAAAGCAGCGCUCGUGUUGCCUCUUCAAUCGGUGAAAUGCUUCUCAAGAAGAUCUCUGUGCUGGGUGCUGAAUUAACUGGUUUUGAUAGGGACGUACAGAAUUCUUGCGAAUUGAUUAUGUACCUGAGAGGCAUCAAGGCAUGCAUAGAAAUAUACUAUAAUACAAAUUCCCAUGGUCAAUGCCAAAAAGACUUUCUUUCAUGUUUGGAAGAUAUUUCGAAUGGAAUUUGUGCGCUAGUAUAUGAUAAACAAACACUCAAUUACGAAGUUCAGCAGAAAUCGCAUCUUUUAAUUCUGUCAAUUCAAAUCUUGGAUCACGCUGUAGCAAUGUUCAAUUCCAAUUCAGUCAAGAUGGCGGCUCCUCUUUACAAUUUUCUUGCUGAAGUGGUCUAUUUGCCGUGGACCGAGAGCAUUGAUCCGCCAUGGUUUGACUGGAAGCCAGAAGUUCACAAAGAAAAUGAAAUUAAAACUGUUCGAGACAAUUUGGCUCCUUGCUUAGCAACAAGUUUCAUUACAACUGCUCUAAGCGUGAUUCUUAAGUUGCCAAUAUCCGAUCAUAUGCUAUGGAAGGUACAUAUAUUUAGGACAGCCUUGGUACACCCAGAUGCUCAAGUUCAAAAAACUGCCAUCAGAUGCCUACCAGCUUUGCUUGCCAUUGGCGGCGAAUCGUCAUAUUGCCUGCUAACGGAAGAAGUGAGUUCUCUGAUAAGAUCCGCAAGAACCACUGUACGAAGCGAGCUGGCUAAAAUAUGCGGAGAUGUCGUCUGUGCGUUAGCCAAAUGUUGUCGCAUUGAGUUUGCUGUUGUUUUACAAGAUGAAGGAGAAAUGUCACUUGACGCUGAUCAAUUCAAAAGUUUCCAGCUAAUUUGUCAAGCCUGCAAAGAAGGCAUUGAGUCAAAAGAGCACCCUGACAUCUCCUUGCUGAGGUCGUUUUUCCAGUUGCUGAAGCCGGAUUCGCCAAGAGACGUUAAAUUGCCAUUUGUAGAGAAUCUGAGACACUUUAUGGUACACCUGGCGCACGAAAAAGAGAGUUCUAUGGUAACCACCUUUUUGUGGACCCCAAUUUUGAAUUUCAUGGAAGAUGACGAUGUUAUUGUUAGGAUUGCAUUCAGUCAAGUGGUCAGUGUGUUUCUGAUGCGAAAAGACUUGGUACACAUCCAGCAACUUCUUUUCGUCAAAUUGAAGAGUUCAUUUCGCAAAGCAUCGAGAACAGGGGAUGCAAAGAUGCUCGAAACAAUCGUCAUGACGCUUGGCAGUGUAGGCCAGGCAGCGCAAGGCGACUUGCUGCUGAUCGUUGUGAUUAGUCUUCUGGAUUGUCUGACAACCCAGCACCAAUCUAUUGGACCAGCUGCUUAUGAUCAGAUCCACGUUGUUGCAAGUCAUCAUCAGUUGAAAUGCAGUGAAAUUCUUUUCAAGUACCGAUCACAAGUGUGUGAGUUUCUAAUCAGCCAGUUCAGGGAAGCAAUAGAGAGCGGAAAAGACAGUGCCUGCUUGGAAGAGCUUAUUGCUGAGACUGCCAGCGUGUUUGACAUCAAAGAUUCAAAGACGUUUUUACAGGAACAACAAAGCAUUUUACUGCCAAGGGUAAUGCGAUCCCCGGGCAAAUCUUCGUCGACAAUUCUUCGUGUUAUUGCAAAACAACUUGAAAUAAAUAGAAGAGAGAUGUUAUUUUUCAACUUUCGUUUCAUAUUCUCAUUCCUCAUCAGAAGCUGUUCUGGUAUUGAACUCAAGAAGACCUUAGAUUAUCUAGAGACUGAAACCGAUGUCCAGUUGAGCAGCUUGCUUCUCUCAGAAUGUCAGCAUGUUUUCAACCAGUUGCUGUUGUAUCUAAGCGUGAACAAAGAGCAGGUUUUCACUGGCCUAACAAUCCUGGCACAUAAUGAUGCAAACUAUAGCGGACCAAAGGAGAUCAAAAGCGAUCAAGAAAUGGCAAUAUUUCUGAAACCACGGCUUCUCGGAGUCCUAGCGUUUUUCAACUCGGUCCUCAUUUAUGGAGAUGCGGAGGAGAAACGACUUGCAUUGCAAAGUCUUGUUUCACUUAUGCAAGUAAUGGGACCAGAACACGUGACCGUUGUUCGACUUAAGAUUAUGGCAAUAUUGCGACUGGGGAUGAAAAUUGAAGGAGACAGCAUGGCGGAGCUUUGCUGUUCUGGGUGGGACUAUUUUGUCCAUAAUGUUGAUUUAAAGACGCUGGGACCUCUUCUCGGACAAAUAGUAGUCACUCUGUUCCCUCUACUGGAUAAAUUUUCUGACAAAGUUGCAUCUAUUUUCAAGUACCUGAUCAUCGAAAACAAGGGCGUGAUGAAAGAAUUCUUCAAAGACAUUUACUACCUACCAAACAACCCUGUCUUGAACGAAGUGAAUGACGUCAUUAAUUCUUGCAAUGCGGUUGUCAGAUCAAAGCGAGACUACUUUAGGGACCAGUUGGCCUUGACAACGGAGGGUGUGAAGCACGAGAAUGCAGACGUUAAAAAGUACGCCUUGAAGCGCCUGGCUGAACUUCUCUCAAAGCAUCAGGCGUUCUUACUUGACUUCAUUUUGUCGUCUGAGAGUGUACAUCCAGCUGUUAUCAAUCUGUUUAGUGUGCUCAUGAGUAGCUGUAAAGAAGCUGAUGAAGAGACGAGAAAUCUUAUUGGUGUCUGCUUCGGUCAUCUUGGUGCAGUUGAUCCAGGAAGGCUAGAGAUUUCGAGCGAUGGUUUUAGUGGUGAUAAUGUAAUUUAUCAGAAUGGGGUUGAAGAUUUGAACUUUGCAGUGGAUUUGAUCAAUGAGCUAUGCAGAGCUUUUCUCGCUGCAAGUGACACGAGAGCACAGGAUUGCUCGGCAUAUGCAAUUCAAGAGGUUUUGCAGUUCUAUAACUGCUCGGACACAAGCCACAAUAAGAUUUGGCAGAAGUUUCCUGAACAAACCCAGGAAGUAUUGAGGCCACAUCUCCAUUCAAAGUACCUCCAUUCAAGCUCUGAUAGCUGGGCAAACUUGCCACGCCCGCUAUUCGGCAGUUCAAAGGGAAGAAACUUCAAGGAGUGGGCAUGCACAUGGGUUGGCGUUCUCAUCUCAAAAAGUUCAGAUAAAAAAAUAUCUGGUGCCCUCCGUCCCUGUACAUCCAUUGUGAAGCAUGACCUGAAAAUGGCCAAUUUCAUCCUGCCACAUGCUGCGUUUUUUGCCAUAGUUGAAAAUGAUUCCGUUGCUCAAGAGGUUCUUUCUGAAAUUGAGACUGUGCUCCAUGCUGUAUUGGGCAAGAAGCCAGGCUUUGCCACAAUGAGCGCUCAAGCAAUCUACUCUUUAUUGGACUUCUUGAAUGCGUGGAUUGACGAAGGAAGACAGGCCAGAUUCAAAGCUUCGGGGCAAGUUUAUUCAGGUGUGUUUCAAGAAAAAAUCGAACAGAAGAUUUUUGAAUUCAUCAAUGGAAUUUCUAAGAAACUUCUUUCGUCAGUGGCAUUUACCUGCAAGGCGACGCCGCGAGCUCUGAUGUAUCUUGAAUCGUACAUUGAUAACAACGACGAAAAGUUGCAAGAGAACUUGGACAUGCUACAACGGAUCUACUACGCUUUGGAUGAGCCUGACGGCAUCAAUGGUGUUGCUGCGGCUAGGAAAGUAGAAGUGUCCUUGAAAGCACAGAUUUUGGAUCAUGAAAGUUCUGGUAGACUUAGGGACGCUGCUGCAUGCUACGAGAAAGCCAUACAACAAGAAAUGAACGAUGUUACUCAUCACCAGGGUCUGCUGCAGUGCCUGAUCCGCUUGGGACAGCUCAACACUGCAUUGAUGGACGCAAGUGGAAUCGUUACAAAACGGCCACUUUGGAAGAAGGAUAUUCUACCGUAUCAGUCGGAGGCAGCAUGGAGACUAGGUCAAUGGGACACUCUUAGAGAGAAUCUUGAUGGAGUCUCUGAAUUUGAUAACUGGAGUAUCUCUCUCGGAAAGUUGUUGGUUUACGUAAAGGAUCAAAGAAUAGAUGACCUUCACAAGCAUCUACAGCUCGCAAGACAAGAACAGAUGAAGCCUCUGUCUGCUUCUGGCCUCGACUUGGGGGACAAGUCAUACGAAUGCAUUGUAAGGUUACACAUGCUACAAGAAGUUGAGCAGUUUGCAACGUUGCUAAUAAAGAGAAAUUCCCAGGAUAUACGGACUCAAGAUUUAAUAAAAACAUGGGAACAAAGAUACCAGUCAACGCAGGCAUCAUACAGAAUCCGCGAAGAAAUACUUUCAUUGCGCCGAGUUCUUCUUGAUCUUCUUCCGAGUCACAGCAAUGCUGUCAUUAAUGAGCAGGACAACUGUUGGCUAAGGAUAGCAAAGAUUGCCAGGAAGGCUGGUCACAUCCAGACUGCUUACAGCUCACUUCUUAAUGUCAGAGAAACCAACAGGACUGACACUAUAAUAGAAAGAACCAAGUGGCUUUGGUCGCAGGGGGACAGACACAAAGCGCUUCUCUGCCUCGAAAAGGACGCUAGCUACAUACAAAGUUGUCAAGGGCGAGAAGACAUUGGAUCUACAUAUUCGAAGCAAAAUGUUGCAAAGGUACUCCUUCUCGUUGGAAGAUGGAUGGAGGAAACGGAAAGCCAUGAGCCGCAACCAAUUUUGAAUCAGUACAAGGACGUCGUCAACAAAUGUGGCGAUUGGGAGAAAGGUCAUUUCUUUCUAGCAAAAUAUUACGAGAAAGUCAUGAACGCUUACGAUGACAAAUCAAAAACAAAAGUAACUGAUUUUAUACCCUUUGUCAUACGACAUCAUGCUUCGUCUCUUCAAUAUGGAUGCAAAUAUCUAUACCAAUCGAUGCCAACCCUUCUCACACUAUGGCUUGACUUUGGGGUCAAAGCAUACAACAUCCAACAAGACAAAGAAAGCAACUACUCUAAACAGGCCUUGCACAGAGACAGACUGAAUUCUGUGAAUCAGGUUAUCAAGGACUUCACCUCGAGUUUACCUGCCUAUCAGUUCCUUACGGCUUUCUCGCAGAUUAUUUCACGUAUUUGCCACCCGAGCCCAUCAGUUUGGGAGAUACUUGGGGAUUUGAUUUCCAAAAUAUUCCUGGCCUAUAAAGAUCAAGCGUUUUGGAAAACUGUCGCUGUCUCAAAGUCUUCAUUCAGAUCGAGGAAAGACAGAUGCAGUGAACUGUUCAAUCGUAUUUGCAUGGGAAACAAAACCAUGAGGCAAUUUAUCGAGCAUGGGCUUAGACUGACUGAUCGCUUGCUGGAGGUCUGCAAUAAGCCUUGUCGCAAAGAAACAAAGCUAACUAUUAGUGCAGAUUUCCCCAGUCUGAAGCGAUUAUUAAAUGACACGAACUUUUCGUCCAUCAUAAUCCCUCUGCAGUCAACAAUGACGGUGAUUUUGCCAUCCGGUCAAAGCGCACAACCAAGCUACAACCCGUUCCCAGACUCCUUGCCAACAUUUGCUGGCUUUGAUGAAGCGGUCGAUGUUCUGCGCUCUUUACAGAAGCCUAAAAAGAUUGUUAUUAUUGGUAGUGAUGGAAAGAGGUACCCAAUGAUGUGCAAGCCGAAGGACGAUCUUCGUAAAGACUGUAGGUUAAUGGAAUUCAAUUCACUUGUCAACAAGUUGCUACAAAAAGACACCGAAUGCCGAAGAAGACAGUUGCAUAUACGCACAUACGCGGUCAUUCCACUGAGUGAAGAAUGCGGAAUCUUGGAAUGGGUAUCAAACACUGCAGGACUUCGUCAAAUCACUGACAAUCUUUUCAAAGAAAAGAAUAUGCUACCAAAGAUACAAGAUUUGAAAAGGCUUUACAACAACAUGACUACUUCGGAUUUAAGAACAAAGAUGGAGAUGUUCAAAAACCAAGUGCUGCCGAGGUAUCCUCCGGUUUUUCAAGAAUGGUUCCUACGAACGUUUCCAAACCCAUCUAAAUGGUACAUGGCAAGAUUGGCCUAUUGCCGAACCACUGCUGUGAUGUCAAUGGUUGGCUACAUCCUAGGCUUGGGUGAUCGCCACGGUGAAAAUAUUCUGUUUGAUUCUACCACGGGAGACUGUUUUCAUGUGGAUUUCAACUGCCUGUUUAACAAGGGAGAAACAUUUGAAUGUCCUGAAAGAGUCCCGUUUCGAUUGACCAAUCAGCUAGUUUCUGCCAUGGGACCUCUUGGUUACGAAGGUGUAUUUCGAAGAUCAUGUGAAGUCACUAUGAAACUGAUGAGAACCCAGCGAGAUUCACUUUUAAGUGUUCUCAACACUUUUAUUUACGAUCCAUUGGUCGAGUGGACCAAAGACAGGCGGAAGCAGUCUGUGGAAACUGGCGAAAAUACAAACGAGAAGGCCAUGAGUAUUUUGCGGAACGUUGAAGAUCGACUUGCAGGUUAUUGUGUUUCCAUGAAGAAUUUGCGACUGAAUCUUUCGAUUGAAGGCCAGGUUCAUCAGCUAAUCAAGGAAGCAACAAGUCUUGAAAAUUUAUCACAAAUGUACAUUGGUUGGGCUGCGUACCUUUGAGGAGGAAACGCCUGGAUUUUGAUCUUGAACUGCGCUUCAAUUUUACAUUGUAAAUUUAACUAAAAGUGUAUUUAGAGCAAGCUGCUACAUUUGUAAAACUUAAA